GCUCUGGGCAUGCUCAGUCGCGCGGGCAGGGCUCCGGGCGCGAGCCGGGCUCCCGCCGCACCGCAUUCCCCCGCUGCCCAGGCGAGGCGCCGGCCGCUGCCCGCCCAGGACCCCCGAGCCAUGGCCUCACUGGGUCAGCCCGCCGUCUUCGGCCGGGUCACGCACGCCGUGGUGCGCUCGCCGCCCGAGUCCCUGUGCCGGCACGCGCUGCGGAGCACGCCGGGCAGCGAGGUGGACUUCGCCCGCGCCGAGCGGCAGCACCAGCUGUACGUGGGCGUGCUGGGCAGCAAGCUGGGGCUGCAGGUGAUGGAGCUGCCAGCCGACGAGAGCCUCCCGGACUGCGCUUUCGUGGAGGACGUGGCCGUCGUGUGCGAGGAGACGGCCCUGCUCACCCGGCCCGGGGCGCCGAGCCGCAGGAAGGAGGUUGACAUGAUGAAAGAAGCAUUAGAAAAACUUCAGCUCAAUAUAGUAGAAAUGAAAGAUGAAAAUGCAACCCUAGAUGGGGGAGAUGUCUUAUUCACAGGCAGAGAAUUUUUUGUGGGACUUUCCAAAAGGACAAAUCAACGAGGUGCUGAAAUCUUGGCUGAUACCUUUAAGGACUAUGCUGUUUCCACAGUCCCGGUAAUUGAUGCUUUGCACUUGAAGAGUUUCUGCAGCAUGGCUGGGCCUAACCUAAUUGCAAUUGGAUCCAGUGAAUCUGCACAAAAGGCUCUCAAGAUUAUGCAACAGAUGAGUGACCACCGCUACGACAAACUCACUGUGCCUGAUGACAUGGCUGCAAACUGUAUAUAUUUAAACAUCCCCAGCAAAGGCCAUGUCCUGCUGCACCGAACCCCAGAGGAGUAUCCAGAAAGUGCAAAGGUUUAUGAAAAGCUGAAGGACCAUAUGCUCAUCCCCGUGAGCAAUUCUGAACUUGAAAAGGUGGAUGGGCUGCUCACAUGCAGCUCGAUUUUAAUUAACAAGAAAGUAGACUCCUGAGCUGCGGUCCCUCCAUUGUAACUGGCGGGUCUGCACUUACUGGGUCAAUAACUAUCCACUCCUGUUGUUUUCGUUGACAAUCUACUGUGCCACUGUGCUACUAACUGGUUUACAAGUUUCAUUCUCUAUUUAAUUCCUUCCUUCUACACCUCCCCUUCCUCCCCUGGAGGUGGUACCUAAGCUGUGGGUGUGCUAUAGGAAUUCAGCAAUGUAGAUAAUAGAAAGCUUAAACGAAUUAUUGAAAUGUGAUUAAUAAUAGUAAGGAAACACUGGUUUUCAUGACUGUCUUAACAAUGUGAAGAUUCUUUAGUUGCCAGACUGUUCCAAAAUGUCUUCUUGAUCAGUCAGAUAGACUAGGGCUUCUUUCUCUGUUUCAUCAUUGGUUCCUGGGAAACUUCUUGACCCAUGAUCGUCACUCAUUCCCUCUUGUUUUCUUCUGAAGUCUGAAAAGUUUCUUCUGCUCCUUUUCUUUUGCCGUCUCUACUUCUAUUGAGUCACCUUAAUCUUGGGUAAAACCAGGGUCUUGCCUUGUGGACCCCUUCCCGUGUGAAGGGGUUCGUUAUCAGUCCCCUGUGCCUCAAAGAAAUAUCUUCACCACCACCCUCACUCUUCCUCAGAGGGACAAAUAGCCCCUCAGAAGAACCAUGACUAAAAUCAGAGCAGCAUUUGAGUGGAGAGUUGACUACAUAGAGGCACAUCUUGAUGAGUUUCAUCCCGAGAUCUAAAUUUCAGAAGAGAUAGGAUACCACCUCUGGAAUGGCAAGAUAAUUGUACCAUGAACCAAGAAGCUUGAAGCUAUCCCUGGGAUACACCUUCUUAGACUUUGUCACAUUUCAAGAGCUUUUGCUUCAUUGCCGGUGAAGUUUAUUCCUUCAAUACCAUUCCUAUAUAGAACUUUGAGAACAUUCUGGGUUUUUUUUCUUCAUCUCAUUUCUAUUCUUCUCUUAUUCCCGCAUUAUGAUUCACACUGUUUCCAUCUUCUAUCCGCUGCAGUUAUCCUGGUCUAGCAAAGUUAUUUAUUUCAAAGGAUACAUUCCAUGUCAAGAAUGAUUAUUGAUGGCCUAAUAUGAGUCAGAUGGAGCGUGUUCAAGAAGUGAUUGACUUGGGGCCUGAAACCAACUGCAGACAAUGGGCAGUUCUGCUUUGAAAUGUCCAUGAAUAUUUACUGUGAAAUUCAAUGAAACCUGAUUUUCCCUCUCCAGUCUUCACAUUCCAAAACCCUUAAACCAACACAGGCCCCUUACAAAGAAGAAUGAUGCUGUGAAGGAAGUGAUCAUUGUUUUUGACUUGAACUAGAAAGAAUCAGCUUUUUAACAUGAAAUGGUACUUUCCAAGGGAUGAUAACUGAUCCAGACAUGUUAUCAAACUUUCUAGUCAUCCCCACCUUUCCUGUGUUGCCUGCAGCUGGUUAAGAUUGAGAGUUAAGGUGAUUAAGAAAUACUCCAUCAAGACUAGCUCUGCAACCAUGUGUGUUCUAAUCAGGCAUUCCUUGUUUGGGGACCAGGAGAAUGUUACCUUCAUUCAUUUCAGCUCCCCCUUUAGCAGAUGGAAGUGAUAAAUUACUGUGAAUGCCAGGAUAUCUUUAACCACUAUCUUUUUCGUUUAUUUAAUGAUCUAUGCCAGAAGUAAAAGAAAUUCUUUUUCCCUUUUGCUUCACUUUAAAAUUUAUAUGACAUGCAACUAUCUCAUUAUAUGCAUCCUGUGAAUGAACAUAAGGUCCAGGUCACUGUUAUAUUUCAAACUAUCCCAUUAUUUCAUCUUGACUGAAAUAAUAUGUUUCUAGCAGAGAGAGAAUUAAUGCUACCCAUAUGACCAAGAUAAUAAAGAAAAAUUGUCCUCAGCAGUUACUGCCUUUUGUGUUAAAUCUAGCCCUAUGCUAACAAAAACAAAAAUUCUCCCUCUGUGAGUUUAAUAUCUCAAAAAUAACCAUGAGAAAAUUAACACAACCAGCUAGUUUUGGCUUAAUAGUAAGAUUAACUGGCAUAUAAUUCCCAAAACCUUUAGUUCUGUCAUCCUAAAUUAAAGAACCAGUAUCUAUUUUGCUUAGUUAAUUGCAAGUAAAUAUAUUUUUCUUUUGAUCAAUCUGUUCUACAGAAGAGUGGUAUUAUUGUUUUCGCUUUUUCCCUUCUUUCCUCUUUCCUUUUAUCUCAAGAAAUCAAUAGAAUCUGUGUGCCUCUUAUGCAAGGCUCUUAUUCUGCACUGCUCCAUCACGUAAGACUAACUUCUUUCUACUUCCUGUCUGGAAGUAGAAAAGUCAGAAAUAUUUGCAGCCCUGUGGUAUUACUACUUCCUCGAUGUUCUCAUCUGCAUCAUUUAUCAUGAAAGAGAAAGAUAACACAUAGAUUCCCCUCUUGUCUAUUAAAAGUUAUAAGAGUAGCUAAUCUAACAGAAAGUGCUUUGUGGUGUUAUAAAAGACAUUAGAAAUUCUAUUUAAAUAAAAAUUAAAUAAUAAUUACUUGAUCACAGAUUCAAUAGAAUAAGGAAAGGCAAUAUAGAGAAAAUACAUUAUAUUACAUUAUUCUUCAAUUAUGAUAAAUUGCUAUAGAAAUCAGCAGACAGAUCUGAUUGUGUAUUGUUUGUUCUUUUAAGUUACUGUGAAGAGAUUACUGCAGUCAUCUCUUUAUCUCUAAGGGGGAAAUAGUCUGUAGAUGAGUAAUGUGACUUACAUAGAGUUGCAUGUUAGUCUUUGUAAUUACUUACUCUUCAACAUUCUACAGAACUCAGACAUGAUUUCAACAUGGUGUUAAAGUUGUGCAUCUUGUUUUCCUGGCCAUCUUCUUCCAGCCAGUGUGUGGUUGCCUAUUCUGUGUGCCAAAACCAGAAAUGCCUUUAUGGCCCCUUUAGUCCAGAGAAGUUCUGCACUGAUUUUAGUCUCAUUCUUUCCUAAUCCUACAAAUAUACCAAUCACAAUGGAAUAAAGUGUGAAUUGUAUCAAA